AUGCUUAUCGACGGUCAUAAGUGGGCGUGUGAAGCUUGUAUACGGGGCCACCGUGUGACCAGCUGCAAACACCAUGAUCGUCCAUUGAUUCGCAUCAAGCGUAAAGGUCGCCCUUUCGCAACAUGUACAAUGUGCAAUGCAACGCCUUGUACAUCUCCAAUCGAGCAUGCACGCGCAAAGCGUGACGCAGAGCUCAAAUGUCCUUCAAAAAAAGCCUCGAGCCACGGAAGACUCUAUCCGCGGCAUAAUCCGAACGGUUUCCUUCCGAUUGCGCCGCGUCCACGCCCAAGCCCAAGUCCGUCGGGAUCGAUUUCGGGUCCUGCCGGCGGGAAGUCUCCCUCAACCGUUGCGACAAAGUCGAAGUCUAGGUCCGGGUCAAAGUCGGGCUACUCGACCUCGUCGGCUUCGUCGCCCGGGAAGACUCCCAUCUACCAUGAUACUAUGGGGGGAGAGUGGUCGGGUUCAGAGAAUUCCUCUAGGAUUGAGUCAUCUAGACAAACUGUGUCUUUCUCUGGGUCGGUAAUGCCGAGUUUUGACUCGGGUCAGACACUCAGCCCAGGGCAGGGUGGCUCCGCUUCACAUUCCGCGCCGGGCUCACUGUAUGAGUAUCCCAUCGAGUAUCCCGUUACCACGGGGGCCGAGGCCGCGGCUGCCUUGUUCGAUCCUGCCUAUUCCCUCCAACCUUCUACGAUGGCUGUUUCGGGUUCCCAGCUCGCUCACACCUUGCCCAUGGUGAGUCCGCUCGAAGGGGGAAACCCCUUUGACUUCUCGCUGGACCCUGCGCUGGAAUUGGGCGAUAACACAUUGGGAUAUCUGAAUGAGGCCGAGAUGAAUAUGGAGAUGGAGAUGCCGGUUAUGGAGGAAGUGUUUCAUGUGGAGGAUUGGUCGAGGUAUAUGUGGUCAGCUGAGACAGGGUUUGAGCAUUUAGAUACCGGAUUCCCGCCUGUGACUCAAUAA